AUGAAUUAAAACUACAAAAUGAUAAAGAGUGAACCAUAGGUGUAGUUGUCGAAUUAGGCAAGAACAACUACUACAACAACGAGAAGAACAGCACGGAGGAGGAGAAAUGGCGAGAUUUUCAGUUGGUAGGGAAGAAGAAGAUGAUAAUGAAGAUGGAGAUUCAGAGGGGCCCGCAAGAGGAGGAGGGGGAGGAGGACCUGUUCCUAAAAGGCGGCGAACAUUUGGCGGAACUUUUUCUUGUUCUUCCGUUCGCCGUCAACAGGAACAGGAACAACAACAAGAACGAGAACGGGAAAGGGAACGGGAAAUGGUUGUUGAUGAAGAAAUUGAAGAGGAAGAGGAAGAAGAGGAGGAGGAGGAAGAAGAAGAGGAAGAGGAGGAGGAAGAAUGGGAAUCGGAAUCGGAGGAGGAGGAAUCGGAAGAGGGGAGAUUGGGAGGGGUUGGUGAUGCGGAGGGUUCAAGAGGGAGCGGUUCAAUUGCAAGAGGGAAUGGGUCAAUUGCAAGAGGGAAUGGGUCAAUGGCUGUGGACGAACAAGAUAAUGAUGUGGAGGGUUUAAGAGGAAAUGGGUCGAUAUCGGUGACGUUAUCGGAUCCAGAUGUGUUGGAUUGUCCUAUCUGUCUUGAACAUCUCUCUGUUCCUGUCUUUCAGUGUGAGAAUGGGCACAUAGCAUGUGCCUCUUGCUGCAUCAAGAUUGCUAAUAAGUGUCCAUCGUGUUGCUGGCCAAUUGGAUACAACCGCUGCCGAGCUAUUGAGAAGGUUCUAGAAUCUGUGAAAGUCUCAUGCAUGAACAAAAGUUAUGGUUGCAAAGAGGUUCUGAGUUAUAGUAAGAAAACUGUCCAUGAAAAUACAUGCAUCUAUGUGCCUUGUUCUUGUCCUUUCCGUGGCUGUGACUUUGUGGGUGCUGCAACAAAGGUAUAUGCACAUUUUAGCGACAAGCAUGCUUCUUCGGCAGUCCACAUGUUAUUCAACGCUGUCCAUCCAAUUUUUAUAGAAAAACAUCGACGUUACCAAAUUCUUCAAAUGAGCACAAAAGAUGUACUUUUUAUCAUCAAUCAUGCUAGUGACCGCGUUGGAAGUUCUGUCAACAUUAUCUGUGUUGGACCAGCUAUGCAGAAGAGAAGGUUCAUGUACGAGAUUGUAGCAACAGAUGGGGAGAGCACUUUUAAACUAGAAUCUGUUGCAGAGAGCGUCCCAAACUGGUCUGAAAAUACUCCUUUGAAAAAAUACCUUCUGGUCCCAAGAGAUAUCGUUAAUUGUGGUGCUCGGCUGAAGUUGGAUGUUUUCAUAAAAGAGCGGGAAUGCAUUGGUAGUGGCAGCACUACUUAGAGGUAGUUGCAGAUGUUAAUGUAUCAUAUUUUCAUGAUGUUAUCUUAUUUUAUUAUAUCUUGGCCCUGUUAAUCUAACAUUGCAUUGGUAAACUUCUUCAGGGAUUUUAUGCCAAAAGUUAUUUGGAGAUUUGCA